CUAACUGAAGAGAGACAUCAUGUCUCGAGCACGGCAGCCCCCGCUUGUAACUGGCAUCUCUCCCAACGAGGGCAUCUCAUGGACAAAAGUGACAAUUAGAGGAGAAAACUUGGGAACUGGGCCUACAGACCUUAUAGGUUUAACAAUCUGUGGGCACAACUGUCUGCUAACUGCUGAAUGGAUGUCUGCCAGUAAAAUUGUGUGUCGAGUGGGACAAGCUAAAAAUGAUAAGGGGGACAUUAUUGUCACUACAAAGUCUGGUGGCAAAGGAACUUCAACUGUUUCCUUCAAACUACUGAAACCUGAAAAAAUAGGUAUCUUGGAUCAGUCUGCUGUCUGGGUGGAUGAAAUGAACUAUUAUGACAUGCGCACUGAUAGGAACAAAGGGAUUCCCCCCUUGUCUCUACGUCCAGCUAAUCCACUUGGUAUUGAGAUAGACAAAGGCAGAUUUCCUCAGAAAGAUUUAGAGGCACUGUUUCCUGGGAUGAGUGCUGAUUUCACUAGUGAAAACUUUUCUGCUGCCUGGUACCUGAUUGAGAAUCAUUCAACAACAAGUUUUGAUCAGCUCAAAACGGCAGUUGUGAAUCUGAAGAAACAGGCCAAUAAGAAAAAUGAAGGGAGUCUAGCUUACGUGAAAGGGGGUCUCAGCACUUUUUUUGAAGCACAAGAUGCUCUAUCAGCAAUCCAUCAAAAACUGGAAGCGGAUGGAACGGAAAAAGUAGAAGGAUCCAUGACGCAAAAACUGGAGAAUGUACUGAACAGAGCCAGUAACACAGCAGAUACCUUAUUCCAAGAAGUGCUGGGUCGCAAGGACAAAGCUGAUUCAACAAGAAAUGCACUUAAUGUCCUUCAGCGUUUUAAAUUUCUUUUCAACCUUCCCUUAAAUAUCGAAAGGAAUAUCCAGAAGGGUGAUUAUGACGUGGUUAUUAACGACUAUGAAAAAGCCAAGUCGCUCUUCGGAAAGACAGAGGUUCAAGUAUUCAAAAAAUAUUAUGCUGAAGUUGAAACGAGAAUUGAAGCUUUAAGAGAACUUCUCUUGGAUAAGCUGCUUGAAACUCCGUCGACACUGCAUGAUCAGAAACGUUAUAUAAGAUAUCUUUCUGAUCUUCAUGCGCCUGGGGACCCUGCUUGGCAGUGCAUUGGUGCUCAACAUCAGUGGAUUCUGCAGCUCAUGCACAACUGUAAGGAGAGCUAUGUUAAAGAACAAAAAGGCAAUUCAUUGCUCCACAGCCCAAUGUUAGACCUGGAUAGUGAUGUGCGGCCAUCUCCAGUUGGCCAUCUCAGUCAAAGCGCUUCACUGAAAAGGGGCAGCAGCUUUCAGUCUGGCCGUGAUGAUGCUUGGCGAUAUAAAGCUCCUCAGCAAGUUAUAUUUGUUGAAAAGUUGACAAAACUUGUUGUAAGCCAGCUGCCCAACUUCUGGAAGCUCUGGAUUUCUUAUGUGAAUGGAAGCUUAUUCAGUGAGACUGCUGAAAAAUCUGGCCAAAUGGAAAGAUCAAAGAAAAAUGCUAGACAAAGACAGAAUGAUUUCAAGAAAAUGAUUCAGGAAGUGAUGCACUCAUUGGUAAAACUUAUCCGUGGAGCUUUGCUUCCAUUUAGCCUCAGAGAAGGAGAAUCAAGACAGUAUGGUGGCUGGGAGAUGAAAACUGAACUUUCUGGCCAGUGGUUAACACAUGUUAUCCAGACUGUAAGGCUUAGUUCUGAGUCUCUUACUGCCCUUGAGAUACCCAAUGAUAUGCUUCAGAUCAUCCAGGAUCUUAUUUUGGACCUUCGUGUGCGUUGCAUUAUAGUGACCUUACAACAUACAGCUGAAGAUAUAAAGAGAUUAGCUGAAAAGGAAGACUGGGUUGUUGACAAUGAAGGUUUGACAUCUUUGCCAUCCCAGUUUGAACAAUGCAUUAUCCAUUCCCUGCAAUCUCUGAAAACUGUGCUGGACUGCAAACCUGGAGAGGCCAGUGUUUUCCAGCAACAGAAAACACAGGAGGAUGUGUGCCAGCUGAGCAUUGGGAUCCUGCAGGUUUUUAUAGACUGUUUGGAACAACUGAGCACAAAACCUGAUGGUGACAUAGAUACAGCACAUCUUUCAGUGGAUGUUUCAUCUCCAGAUUUGUUUGGAAGCAUUCAUGAAGACUCAAGUCUUUCUUCAGAACAAAGGCUUUUAAUUGCACUCAGCAACUGCCGCUAUCUGGAACGUCAUACCUUCCUAAAUAUAGCUGAACAUUUUGAGAAACAUGGCUUUCAAGGAGUUGAAAAAAUAACUCAAGUUAGCAUGGAAUCCUUGAAAGAGCUGGAUCAAAGACUGUUUGAAAUGUACGUUGAAUCCAAGGCAGAUCCUAUAGUUGGGUCAUUAGAACCUGGCAUUUACGCAGGGUAUUUUGAUUGGAAAGAUUGUCUUGUUCCAGCAGGUGUCAGAAACUAUUUGAAAGAAGCAUUAGUGAAUAUCAUUGCUGUGCAUGCAGAGGUAUUUACCAUUUCCAAAGACUUAGUUCCUCGGGUGAUGUCAAGGAUUGUAGAAGCAGUCUCUGAAGAAUUGAGUCGACUAAUGCAGUGUGUUUCAUCCUUCAGUAAAAAUGGAGCUUUACAGGCAAGACUUGAAAUCUGUGCGCUGAGAGAUACAGUGGCCAUAUACUUAACACCAGAAAGCAACUCAAGCUUUAAGCAAGCUCUGGAAGCCUUGCCUCAGCUCUCAAGUGGAACAGACAAAAAGUUAUUAGAAGAGUUACUGAACAAAUUUAAAAGCAGCAUGCACUUGCAGCUGACCUGCUUUCAAGCUUCUUCAUCAGCAAUGAUGAAAACAUAGACAGUGACACGAUGCAAGGAACUCAGAAGGCAGUCUUUUGGCCUUCCAGAACUGAGGAAAUAUUUCUGAAGUAAUAACAUGCUCUUCUGGAUGUGUCUGGAACUAGAAAGAGGCAGAUACAAUGGACAGCCAAGAAAAAAAAAAGUCUAAUAUUGUGUAGAGCAUGAUUUGAGCUGAAAAAAAGAUAAAUGUAGUUAUUGCUUGUUUUCAUCCUACUUGAGUGAAAUAUUAACUCCUGCAUAUGUUUGGAAAAAACAAAGGAAAGAAUUGAUUACUGAUAUGAGAGAAGGUUUAAUGAUGAUUAAUGUAAAAAGAAAAAAUAGAUUAUAAUAUAAAAAUUUCUGAAAUAGAGCUUUUCAACUGCAGAACCUGCUAGAUGACAUGCUGAAAGUCCCUUACUGGUGAACAUCUAACAUUUGGCUGGACAAAGCCCUAGGAAAUACAUCAUAAAAACUAUUUCUAAAUUUAACUUCUUUUUGAGUUUGAAUGCAGUGAUAAACAUUUGCUGUUUCUAAUCCAAUAGAAGAUAGAAAUUUGGAAUUUCCUAGGUAUGAUUUUGGCCUUGUGUAAAAGAGAACAUCAAAACAAGAGUCUUUUGCCGUGGUUACAUUAGAUCAUUAGCAAAAAUGCUACACACAUGGUUUACAUUUCAAAACCUACUGCCAGACCAGAUUGAAAUCUGCUCUAGCCAGCUUCUUUGGACCUGCUAAAAUAUACCUGAAGUACUGCGAUUUUCCCGAAAAUACUGAUACGAUGCUGACUGUGUCAGUAUCGACUAAUACAAAUACCAAUUUUUGUCUCUAGCUAGGUUUCUGGACUUGCUAACAAUGAGAGAUUUUGCAUAUUUUCCACACUCUACACAUACUGCUGUUUUGUUCUUUUCAAUAUAUAAUAUCUCUUAAAAAUUAGAAGGGGGAUAAAAACUCUAUCCUCAUUAGAACACAUUGAGACUGAAAGAUUAAUGAGGUGCUCCUACUGAACCCUGAGAUCUGGAUCAUAACUUAGAAAAGCUUUGGCUGUCUGGAUUUGAUUGGUCAGGGAUGUCCUGUGCUUUGACAAGAAGAAAGGCCCGUUAGGUACACAAGAUCAGUAAUCCAUUUCUUACUGUUAGGAAUUCUGGCUUUUGCAUGGCACUUAAAAUUUUAAUACUAGACAGGAGUUAGUAAUACACUGACUCCUGUCAAAACUAGCAACAGUAUUUGUGUUUAUUGUGCCACCUAGGCAUACGUAGAUGUUUAGUAAGACAAAAUGCAUUUUGAAAGAAUCAGGCUUCCAGAUAUGUUGGAAAUAUUUGGGGAUAAAUUUUUUAAAUGUGAUGAUUGACUUCAAACAGAACUGUGGUCUGGAGUCUCUUGGCAUUUCUGCCCUAGCCAUGUACCUGGAGGAGUUUUGCAUGCUGACCCUUAUCCUUAAAAAGACAAUAAAAAUCAUUAUGACUUGUAAAUUUAUUUAAAAUAUUUUUAAUAGAGAAUCAAGUUAUUUUACAAUCCAAGAUCAAAACAACAACACAAAAAUACUACUGGAAUACCUCUUGUACGCCUUUUUGGCAGUGUUCAGAAACCAGACAUUUAAAAGAAAGUUUCCAAGGUGCUGAAAGGCUCAACAGCAUUUAGUGUUUGGAUUUAGAGCCUUUAGCGUUUGUCACUACUUGCUUUCCAGCCUGUCGUUAUACUGAUAAAAAAGAUCAUUCAGUUUACCUCCUCUGUCUUCUUCAGCAGUAAUCAUAUCUUGUGUAUUAGAUGUUAGUACUAUCAGGCUAUUCAUAGACUUAAGACUGCUUCUGCAGUGUUAACGCAUCACAUGGUUUCUUUCAGCAUUGCUAAAGGAAACCAUAAAAAAUGCUACAUAGUUAAUUGCAGGCAAAGCAAUUUUGAACUAGUUGUGUUACCUGUUAGCAUAUUUUGACUUCAUGGGGUUGACAGCUGGUUUUGUGGCUUUCCAGUACCUGCUAGGUUUUUUUGGCAUAGAAUGAAAGGGAAAAUUGGGAAUAACAGGGUGAACUGUUUAAUUAGGGAAUAUGUUUGCCAUUUUUGUCCUUAACUUUUCUAAGUUCUCUUUUCAUGUAACGCUGCUAUAGGUCAAAGAGAAGAUUCCUGCAGACCAACCCCCUUCCUCUUUGUGGUCUUCAAACUUCAGUGCUCUAAAAUUGCUGUCUUUAAUGAAGCUAUUAAGAAAACGUGCUAAAAUGGUACACCUCUUUCAGGACAAGGGGUUUAUCAUGUAAAUUAUAUACUUCUUUCAAUAUUGCCUGACAGGCUAAGAGGCUUUCAUUUGAAGAGACACCAAUGCAUCCUUGAAGUCCAUUAAAAGAAUGUGUGAAUAACUUAAAUGACACACUUUGCUAUUUCUUUCAAUGGGAGCAGAGAGGAAAACUUACUGCUUUUGGAGUAGCAACUUUAACAGUUCUGUGGUUUAUUUUUGAGAUCAGGCAGUUGGGGGAGGUCAUUUAUUGCAUGUAAUCUUUUCUAGUCUGAACAUCCAAGGAGAAGAGUAGUCUCUCUUCCUUUUCUGUCAUGCUCUCAUUAUUUAAAGACUUCUAAUAGAUUUUGUACAGCUUUUCUGCAAGCAGUCCUCCUUGAGGUCAAGACCAAGUAAGGAAAGUCUUCAGCCAAAUUCCUUUUGAAUUGGAAAUUUUAAACAACUUGAGGAAAAAGGAGUAAGACAAUGGAAAGUGGAAUCCAGCCUUAUUUGUAACAGAUGCUAUUAGCACAUGCUUAGAUUUAUAGCCUAUUUUGGCACCAUUUCAUGUCUUUCUUCUGAAAUAACUUUAAUGUAGAAUAUUCCUUGCCGGUCUUAGGCAAAAGGGCCUAAAUAAAACAGGGUGCAGUUCAUUAAAAAUACAUUAAACAGAAGGUAAGGAUUAAGCUGGGAAGAAGAAUUAUCUUAACCUUCAUUCCUGAAGUGGACCUGGACAUGCAAAUAGGGAGUAGGAAGACUUGGGUUAACACUUCUGUGCUGUUCUUUCUGUGCAUUGAGGACACAUGUAGCGAAGUGAUUGCAGUUCUGAUGUGAAUGCAGAAAACCAGGAGAUUCAAACCCAAAGCGUGGCUUACCCAGCUACUUUUAGAUGCGUGGUGAUCUAGAAACAAUCAUGAGUGUCUUCGUUUCAGUGGCAUAGGAGUUUUUAUGCUGCAGUAUUAAUGUAGCAAAAUUUUUGUGGCAAGAGAUUCUGCUUCAGCCAAGUGGAGUGCGUCCUUUGGUUUUCUUGGUUCAUAAGCAGAUUUUUAGCACAGAAUGUCAAAUCAGAUAAUUUAUAAAUAUGAAGUAAAAUUAGCAAAAUGAGACAGUCUUCCUCACUGCUCAUUACUCACUUUUUCUGAUAAAUUUCACUCAUUUAACUAGACUGUACUUCUGCUCACAGAGGGGGUUCCCCUUCCAGCUUAUCUUUUUAGAUAUUCAAUAGAUAAUUAAAAUUCAGAAUGUUAACGGUGCUGCCUAUUUUUAGAACCCGACAUAAAUAUGGGUAGACAGAGAUUUGAAAAUGAAUUAAUAAAGACCAGAGCUCUUAACCAUUGUGGUAAAAACGUUGGUAGACACCUGUUGUAACCUCAGAAGUACAGCCGGCACAGGGAAGAAAAUUUCCAACCAUUUCUCUUCAGACAUUUCAGCCCACCAGGGUUGGAGAGCAAGAGAAGGUGAUACCUCUGUACAGAAGGCAACAUGAUUCUCUGAAUCACUUUGAAUGCUACAAAUAUAUACAAAUGCUUAUAUAUAUGUGUGUGUGUAUACACACACACACACACAAAAUAUCUGACAAAAUAGAACAAACCCCAGUAAAAUUUGCUUUUGCAAAGAUAAAAUUAUCCUACAUUUCAAAAGUUAUGAAGUUAGUAACACAUUUGGGUUAAACGUGAUAAAAUUCUCUAAGGAAGAUAUCGACUGCAGGCAUGUUUUACAAUCGUGUCCUGUACCAGGUGUGUCCAGGUUGUGCCUUUUGAGCAGCUAUUUAAAUGAUCUGCCAAAAUAGAAAGCUGUUUUCUAGCUAGUGUAAUCAGUGACCACUUUAAAAACCUAGGUGGUUCAUGGAUUAGUUCUUGAGCAAAUUAUAGUUUUGCUGAGUCUUGCAUAUGUGAAUGUCUAAUUUCUUCUUGAAGCUCAAUAAACUCCACUCUUCUGGGA